AGAGUUUUGCCGUGAGCUGAAAAAUGGGAGCAAGCGCUUCAAUAUCGCUCUGUAGUGACCCCUCCUCAGUGAGAAUCCUGAGGCCAGGUGCUAAGGUCAGUCCAGAGCCAAUUGCUCCUACCCUGGAUUCAGAGCCUGAACUGUCCUCGAGGUGUGUGUUUGGUGUCGCCUUUGAAACACUGAGAGAGCGAGGGCAGAUGGUGUGUGGAAUACCCCUUGUGCUCAGAGACAUGGUGGAGUUCCUCGAUAAGAAUGGAAUGCACUACAGAGGUCUGUUUCGCCUUUGUGGGUCGGUGGCGCAGACCAGGAAGCUGAGGCAGAGAUGGGAUCAUGGAGAACGGGUGGACUUGGAGCAUGAGGAAGAUGUCUCCACUGUGGCCUCGCUCCUCAAACUAUUCUUUCGAGAAAUACCAACCCCCAUAGUUCCCGAACCCCAGCGCAAACAGCUGGUUCUGAGCAUCACAGGAUAUGCAGAAGAGGCAGAGAUGAACCAGUCUCUGAGAGAAAACCUUUGUGAUCUCCCUGAAGACAACCUCAUUAUUUUGUCUUACCUGAUCCACUUCCUAUCCAGAGUGGCUGCUCACAGCCAAUCAAAUCACAUGCCUGUGAAAAGUCUGGCAACCAUCUUUGGGCCUUGUAUAUUUCAUGUUCCCUCAGGACCCAGGAUGCUGGAGGAGCAGUAUGUGUGUAAUGCCCUGUUGCUCCAUCUUCUGACGCAUCAGAAGGUUCUCUUUCCAGUCCAUGCUGAGGACACAGAGGCCUCCUCAGUUACCUCCUCAUCACCCCCUCCUACUCUUUCUGCCCUUUCACACUUUGAGGUCCGAUCCAGCAGCUGUCAAUCAGAGAUGGGUAGUGUGGAGAGGUUGGAGGGAGAGACCGCUUCCACCACAGCGACCAGUGGUUUUAACCAAACAAUACGGAUGCAGCGUCAACUCAACAGUCCUGACACACUGGUGCAGGCUUGUGAAUCCAGCUCUGACGUCAGCGCUGACAUUCAGAUGCUGACUCCAGAUCAGGAGGCUCUGGGGGAGAGAAGUGAUGGUACAGAGGCGGGUUGUGUGCUCUCCUGCUACACUGACCCAGGGCCAGAGCAACACUCACACCAGAUCAUUUCAUCCCAAAGCCUCCAGGGAGAGCCACCGGAGCUUCAGUACACAACACAAGAGAUCCUCUCGCAGUCCAAGAUGCCACCAUUUACAUCUACUUCAAUGGAUACAGAGGAGGAAGAGGUAGAGAACAGAAGGACACCUUCCUCACCCAUUAAAGACGACUGUUCAACGGUUUCCACAGAUUCUGGACAGAAAUCAUCAAUUUCAGACUGCUGCAUAGCAAAUGAAUCACAGAACAACAACCAAACACAGACUAGGCACACAGAGAGCAGGCUGUGCUGCAAAGAGUACAAGACAGAGGACAAACCCACAGCAUCUGAGAAGGGGAGAAGAGGAGACGGAGGAGGAUGUAGUGCUUCUCCUGACAAACACCGUGACUGCAGAGGCAUGAACAAUAGCCAUGACAGCCCCUCCCUCAAGCUUCAAGCCCUGGAGGCUGACUUCGGACCCCUACCCUCACCGGUAGACCCCCAAAUGCAGGAUAACCUUCCUGCCCAACAACAGCCUCUUUUUACUGAAGAGCAGAACCUGUAUUUGACCCACGAGCUUCUCCUCUCGCCGUCGUCACCACCAGCUCAGGAUCCGGUCGACUCAUCACAGUCUGUACACAUGGCAUUCCCUCAUUCAUCAGAGUCCAGACCUGUCCUGUCGUCUGCAAUUUUUUCUGAUGGGAUUUCAGGAAAUGACACCCUGCCAAGCCCACCAGGCCCCAAAACCAGCCCACUCCUCUCUCGUUUUACCACAAGCGACUGCCCCAUUCCUUCGCCUCGCUGCCCCAGCCUUAGUCACAGCCUGCGCUACAACCUAGACCCUGACACAGCCCCUUCUCCACCCUGCUUACAGCACAUUCGCAUGGCUCGCAGCAGUGUCCGUUCAGAGUCAGACGUGUCUAUCUUAGUGCUCAGCAGACACAUUCACACCCUAAAGAAGAAGAUCAGGAGUUUUGAGGAGCGUUUCGAACAGGAGAAGCACUAUAAGCCAGCACAUAACGAUAAGACGGCACAUCCAGAGGUGGCUGGACUGAUGAAGGAGCUCAUUAAGAGUCGCAAGCAGCUUAAAGAGCUGAAGCUGAGACGAUCAGAUGAAGGGGGUCUGAGAGGGCAGGGAGACUUAAACCCAUCAGCUGAAACAUGCAGCACCAGCAAAGACCAGAGAGAAGCAGCACUGACAGGGACUGAGCUGCAGCAACUCAACAACAGUAACACAAAGCCAAAUGUGGAGCAAACUGUCAACUUGAUAACCAACAGACUGAAGGAGAGACGACUUGAGCUGGGCCUGCCCGACAGUGUUGAGGAGAUGUCCCAUUUCCAGAUGACGAUGGAGAAGGCCAGUCUGCAGAAGUGUUUGCUCUACUUUGAGAGUCUGCACGGACGGCCGAGUACCAGACAGGAGCGGACUCUGAUGAAACCUUUUUACGAUCGGUACCGUCUUCUCAAGCAGCAGCUGCUUUCCUCUGCUGCUGCAGCAGUCAUCACGACCAUUGAGGAAGAGGAGGGCUCUGAUGAAGAGUGUCCUAAACAGCGAAGCCCCUGGCUGCCUCCACUCCACCUGAAAUCUUCCAGCUGUGAGUCUUCAGACGAGCUGCUGCAUCUGCCUUCCCUAAAAAUGUCUGAAACACCGCUGGUGUCCCCGCUGGAGGAUGUGAAAGAUUUCCAGCCACAGAUUAUCACCAUGGCAACACUACAUGAAGCUUCCAGACCAGAAUUACUGGAUCACCUCAGGACGGCACGAUUAGAGAAGAGGAAACUGCGCCUAGCGCUCCGAGAGUUUGAGGACCACUUCUACAUGCAGACCGGCAGGGCUUGUCAGAAGGAGGACCACGGACCGAUGGCAGAGGAGUACUGCCAGUAUAAGAACCUCAAAGCAAAGCUCCGUCUUCUGGAGGUCUUGCUCAGUAAACAGGACUCAACCAAGACUAGCUGA